UCAGGAGGUAGUGUUGAACACCCCUCCCCCCAUCAGUAUGACAGGACCCCCCAUGGCCCCUGGUCUCCCCGCCACCGCUGCCCCACCCUUCCAACAGUCCCCCCAGGCCCAGGGCAUCCCCCGACCUGCCUGGGCAACUUCCCCAGGGGGGCAGGUCGCUCCAGGUGAGACUAUGAUACCUGGACAGUUCUCUCCUGUGGGGAACAUCCGACCCCCCUCAGCUGCCCAGGUGCCUGCCUUCAGCUUCACAGCCCAGCAGAUGGGCCAACAGAACAGGAUGCCAAUGCCUUCACCAGGGGGGUUUGUACGACCCCCACAGGACCAACUGCCCUUCAGACCUGACCAGGUGCCUUCUAACGCAGGAGGGCCCCCAGAGCAGGGUGGUUUUCCUCCGACCCCACAAAACUUUCCAAGAGGUUUCCCCCCUGGUUUUCACCCAGAUGGUAGCUCCGGUUUCCCUGGUAACCAGGGACCACCGGGCCCCAUGCAAGGACAGAUGCUUCCCUCCAUGCAGGUGCGAGGUGGCGCGACCCGGCUCCCAGUACACCAUCUCCUGCACAAUGCCGGGCUGGCCCAAUCUGCCGGCGGGGGGGACCCCAACCUGCAGGGGAGAGACGUGACCCAGAGUAGCCCACUACUAGUGAACCUGCUGCAGAAUGACAUCUCAGGGAAUCCCAACAUUUCACUAGCAAUAUCUCGUACAACACAGUCACUCAUGCAGCAGGGAGGUAUGCAGGGGAACCUGCAGCAGCAGCUGGCCAUGCUGCAGCAGAGCGGACUGCUGCCGCAGGGAAACAUGGCGUCCCCUGGCGCCCUGCAGAACAUGCUGCAGCAGGCCGGGAUGUUACAGCAGCAGCAAGAACAACAACAACAGCAGCAGCCUCCGCCUAAGAAGCCGGCUAAGCGCCGCGACCGUUCGCGGGCACGACAGCGAAACAAGUCCAACCAGCAGGCAGAAGCGGGGCUCCAUAAUGUUCCUCCCCUCCCAUCCCCGCAGGCCGCCAUGUCGCCAGCCUUAUCGGCCGGGUCGCCGGCUCUGUCGGCCUCCCCUAACCUUUCCGCCUCCCCGUCUAUGGCAGGGGCAGGGGCAGGGGGGAUGGCGUCCCCCAGUACACAACACUUCCCCACCGCCCCGUCCCCUUCCCUCCAGCAGGGAUUCCCCAGUACGUCCUCACCAUCCCUACCCCAGGGGUUCGCAAGAAACUCAUCCCCAGCCAUCCAGAACAACUUCCCGACGACAUCCUCUCCGGCUGUUCCACCUAACUACCCUGCUACCUCCUCCCCGGCUGUUCCACCUAACUUCCCACCUUCCUCCUCCCCCAUGCAGCAAGGGUUUCCGCCCAGCUCCUCCCCUGCGAUGCAGCUCCCUACCAGUACCCAAUCCAUGCAUCCGGGAUUCCCCGCGACCUCCGCGUCCGGCAUGCCUCCCGGCUUCCCUCCUUCGUCCGGCGCCGGGCCUCACUUCCAACCCCCAUCCUCGGUUGCCAUGCAACAGCCAGGCUUCCCGGGUAUGCCCGGCCACGGCAACAUGACCCAAAACUUCCCUAACAACCCCUCCCCUUCGUACCAACAAGCCAUGAGCGGUUCAUCCGCAUCCCCCAUGCACACUCCCUUCUCCAACGCUCCCUCCCCCACCAUGCAGCAGAACUUCCCUCGCACCUCUCAAUCUCAAUCCCAACCCCCCAUCCCGCAAAACUUCCAAUCCCCCUUCCCUAACCGGCCCCCUCAACCCGGGAUGCAGCAGUUCUCCAACCACUCACAAAUGUUUCCCAACCUCCCUCCCAACGCUCAGUCCCCGUUCCCUAACCAACGUUUCCCCAACCCUAACUCUGCCCAACCACCCUUCCCCAUGACGUCCUCCCCCUCGCAGCAGCCACAGUUCCCUAACAUGUCACAGCAGCAGAGAUUCCCUCCGUCCUCUUCGCCUAACUUCCAGUCCCCGUUCCCUAACUCCUCCACUCCUAACUCCUCCAUGGCGGCAUUCAUCAACCAGAUGCAGAACUCCGCAGCCAAGGCCAUGUCCGCCAUGCCGAACGCCAACGUUCCGCCGCAGAUGUUGAACAUGAGGGAAGGGGGCCCCAGGGGGAUGAACGAGGGGCCCAGCCCGCUGGCCAGUCUCAGUAACCAGGUGGGGCAGGUGCCGCAGCCGCCGAUGCCACCUGGCAUGGGGCAGCAGCGGUCUCCAGGUGCUAACAAACAGCAGGCCAUGCCACCUGGUGGAGUAAAGGAUGUGCCCUUUGACCCCCCGACGUCGGCGCACAGUUUCCUCCAGGGCCAGGCGGAGUUCCAGUCAGCGUUCCUGCGCUAUGUCCAGAGUCAGCAGAGACAGCCCCCUCCCCGUGGGGGGCGUAGGGCGUCACCAGGGGCCGCUUCGUCCCCGGGGAUGGCAGGACUCGGACCCAGGGGGGCUCCGACUCCACCUAGACUGCCUGCACCGCAACAUGGGAUGAUGUUCCCCCACCCCGGGGGACCUGGGCAAGCCCCUGGGUCAGCUUCCCCUCACCAGCCUACAAUGGAACCUCCCCUGGGGCCAGGUGCCCCUCCCACCGGAUCAAUGGGACCAAAUAACGGGACACCAAAAGUGCCUGAUAAACUAUCAGAGACACCUACGAGCAAUACCACAACCCCCCCUGGGGAGGGAACGCCCCUUCCCCUGGGGCAUCCCCCUAUGGGACCACCACUGGGGCAGAACGGGUCUGCACAGCCACCCCCUGUAACAACUGCACCAUCCCCUGGGACAGGUGCACCACCCCUUGGGGCAGCAAGAGCAACACCCCCUGGGGCAGCAGCCGCACCAACCCCUGGGGUAGGAGGACCACCCCCAGGAUCAGGAGCACCACCACAUGUGACAACAGCACCACCACCUGUGACAGCAGCACCACCCCUAGGGGCAGGAGGACCACCUCCUAGGAUGGGAGCACCACUCCCUAUACCACCCCCUGGGGCAGCAGCACCACCCCCUGGGGAAGCAUCACCACCCCCUGGGGCAGGAGGACCAUCCCCCAGGGGCUCAAACCUCUCCCCCAGGAUGGCAGCACCAAUGUCUCAGAGUUCCUCCCCUACUGCAGGGAAGACACCAGGCCCAGAUACCAGUCAACAAAACCAGUCUCUACCAGAUCCAUCCAUCCAAAACCAGUCUCAGCCAGAUCAGGCUGAAAAGUCUGGGCCAGCAGGUGACAACACAGCCUCACCAGCUGCGCAGACACCUGCAGAAACAUCACACGGUCAGCCGCAGGUCCCGUCAGAGCUGCCAGGGGGAAACGGAACUGCGCCGAGGACUGCGGCAGAACCCGAAAAACCCAGUUCAGCUUCUCAGCAACCGGUUACACAUGAGGUAACCACAGAGAAAGCAGGCGCAGAGGAACAAGGCAGUUCACCAUCAGUACCACCAGAGGUACAAGGUAAUGGUAAAACCCCAUGUACAGCCUCCCAGGUGGAACCUCAACCUGAUGGAACUGGCACUGGUCAAGAUAAAGCAGAGGGGGAAGGUGGAAGCAUGGGGGAGGGGGUGAGCAAGGGUGGAGCACAGGAAGUUGCCAUGGAGACAGCCCCGCCCCAGGACGGUGGUGGUGAGAUGUCGGGGAAGGAACCAAGCGAGGAGGAGGGGGGAGGUGGGGAAAAGGGAGAGACUGUUGCCAUGGAAACUGAAGUGGUAGCUCCGUCUAGCGAGCAGAAAGAGUCUGUCCCAGUGAGCUCCACAGAGACCCCAUGUUCAACGGAUGGCCCUGUACAAAGUGUUGCUUCUUCUCAACAAAGCACAGAGGUCAAGCAGAAAGUGGAGGAAAAAACCCCAACAGCAGAGACUGGUAACAAAGAUCUCCCCCCAGCAGGUGAGACAGGAACUGCAGGACCAACACAACAGGCAGGGAAGGACUCAGAAACAACAGCUGCAGUACAGAAGGAUCAGCCAGGUGGCGCUGAAAGUUCUAGCACUGCAAACGAAAACCCUGGUCAACCUGCCUCAGACAGUACACCUGGAGCAGAUGAAAAGAAAGAAGAAGAAAAAGCCCCAGAAGUCCCACCUCCAUCUCAGGAGCCGACGGCCAAGAAACGGGAGUUACCUAAAGAUCUAGAAGAGAAGGGCCCCUCUCCACACAAGCAGAGCAAGUCGUAGCAGAAGUUCUUCUGACUGGACUUCAGUUUUCUCAUCGUUUUACACAGAACAAAAUCGCAUUUGUGAUCUUUAUAUCACAAUUCCACACGGAAUUCUGCUGAAGAAGAACACUCACAUUUUGGGCGUAAAAGUAACAAUUGGUUGAUUAACAGUUGACAAUAGGGUACACUUUCAUACCUUGCUCUUCUAUGAAAGGUAAGGUUAUCAUACCUGAUACAUGUUUUGCAAUGGAUAGCGGACAAAAAUCGCCUUGGUUUGCGAUACAACAAAGUCUAUCACCUUUACGUAGAUAGGACCAAAGCAACACAAAACUUCCUACAUGAACUUGAGACUUGAUAUCACAUCCAUACACCAGACGAUAUGAUUUUUUGUACUUUGAAACUGUGUUGUUAUAACAAUACCUUGCCAAAUAUGGAUGAUGAAUAAUAAACCUUAAUAAGGCACUUGCUGUAACUGUAACAAACAUUUUUCAGUUGUGAUGUCAUGAAACAAUUUUCAGGGUGUUCGAUGGAAACUUGUUAAAGGCAUGUAUUGUAGAAUUUGACACUGAAACUGCAAAUAUUAUGGAUUUUAGAAUCUCUAUUCAUAUUGACAUUUGUAACCAAUAGGGAUCAAGCUUUACAGUAAAAAUUACCUCAAAUGGACUUUCAACAAACUUCAGUAAUAAUUGGAACGAACCAUUGAAUGCAUUUCAGUGUGUUCCUUAGUUCAUUGGGAAGUUGAACAAAGUUUAACAAAAUGGUACACAACUCAAGUGGUGGUUAGAAUUUAGGUGCAUAUUUAAAUUUCAUUUUCAUGACAGAACAAAGUCACAUUCAUACAUUUUGUAUAUCACAGUGUAAUGUAGAUUCAAUUGAUAAUGUAGAAAAAUGACCAAAAAACAGUGAUAUUGUUUUUAUGCUUUGAUCACUCAGAUACUACAAUACAUACCUUUAAAAGUUGGCAAAAUUAGAACAAACACACUGAAAAAUGAAGUCUACAUCAGCAAUAUAACCUACUGCUAACCAAUUUCUGUUUGCCAGUAAUGAUUAUUGGAUGGUUGUUGUGUUUAAAUCUCACUUCAAAUUGACACACAGUUGUGGUAGUGUUCUAAACACUGAUAUGUUCGCCUUGUUCUUGUAACGGUACGAUGUAACAAAGUGCCUGCAAAAUCGGUUACCCCUGGCAUACUAAAUCACUGGUGACUCGGUACCCAUUUUAAGGGUUAGAGUUACCCAUAGUAUGCUAACAGUUAAAAGUACCAGUUCACUAUAGCUUGAUUUUGUUCUGAGGCACCGUUUUAUAUUAUAUGUACAUAUGUGUGUGUAUGUUAACAUGAUUAAAUCACCAUUAUAUGUGUGCAAAUGUUAACAUAUAACAGUGUUUGUGUAUGUUGUAGCUCGCAUAACUGUACAAUAUGUAUGUAUGUAUGUAUGUAUGUGUAGUUUUAGCAAUAAUAAGUACAUUACUUGAAAGUCUAGCUUUUGUUGCUUAUAUUUUUCCAUCUAUUGUGAAAUAAGAAUUGUGUCUUUGUAGCAGCUACUUUAUUUUAUGUACAUGUAUAUCACUGACUUGCUUUGGUGUUUACACAAGUAAAACACGUAAGGAAAAU